AGGAGGCUGCAAGAGAGGGCGCGAGAGAGGGAGGGAGGGAAGGGCACAUUUAAAAAUAUAAAUGAAAGGCAAGACGAUCCCCAAAACAUCAAUUUUAAACGAUGACACAGCGGACAAACAGUGGCGACAGCUGAAAAAACUGCAAUAUGAUAGAACGUCUUUAGAACUGGAUUUUGUGGAGCAAGAUGAGCACGAGAAUGGAAUCUUCGCCAGCUCCUUCCUCGCGCUAUAUGAACAACCAAGCAAACAGAACCUAAAUUAUUUAUUCUUAUAGUACUACUUCUGGUGAAAUUCGCGUAUAUUUAUGUACUAAUGUAUAGCGUUUCAACUGUUCUUCUGCCUGUGUAUACACAGACACUGAACGUCAAGAACACCCCGUGAUUAUAUCUGUGAAUGAGAAUUUUUUAGGGAGGAAUUUGGUGCCGUCGCAAUGAAUUGCACCACGGAUUCAACCUCAACCGGACCCGAAACGUCCAAUCUACGAGAGAAACGGAAACGCAAGUUUCAAAUAGAAUAAGCGUUACUUGUGUUCUAUAGAUUCCUUAGUGAAUGUUUGCUAAAUCUCUUCCGCAAUGUAAAGCUAAUUAAAGUGUUUUCGCCUUUUACCUAAUUCCCAGCCUUUCCUCCCUGAAGAACUGCAGUAUCAUCAUAUUUUCUUGGUGAUUUUUAAUAACUGGAAACCUCCCUUUUUCUAUAAUUAAUUUUUCUCUUUCCCUAAAGGAAUAUUUGCUUUGUAUUUGCUUUUAUUUACCGAGUUUGGGGAGUUGCAGAAAUGUAGCUAAUAGUAUUCGAUAAACUCCAUACCAGACGGCUAAAAUGGCAUGUCUUGUCUGAUAGAACUGGCCACAUUUUGAUUUGUCACUCCUGUAAAUAGCUAGAAAAGAGUUAUUUACAUUCUGCACUAUUUGUACUAUCCAAUACUUAGAUAAACAGAGUUGGACAUUUUCGAGGUUCGUUUCUCCAACUGGAUGUGACACCGUCAGCCCAUAGAGACGGGUUCUUCAUCGGGGGGAAUUUUGUGAAGCCCCCCCCCCCUCUCUCUUCUGAUUGGCCUCUGUACCAUGAGCUCUGGCUCUGCCCAGGAUGUGGCGGUGGAGCAUUUCCUGCGGGACAUUGAGAGGCGGGGCAACCGGCUGCAUUGUGCUGUGAUUGGCCGGGAAGGGCAAAAUCCCCACGGCGACAUGAACUUGCUCUAUCGCAAGAGCCGGCUGGACUGGAGGCACCGGGAUUCAGACAGCAACAAGAAGAGCUCCGGCAGUAAGGACAGCUCGGCCACUGUGGGAAAGGUGCGGGACCUGGCGUCCUUCCGGCGACACUUCCGAAUGGGUUUCAUGACCAUGCCCGCCUCGCAGGACCUUUCCCCGAGGCCCUGCUCGUCCGCCAUGGCGCCCCGCUCGCAGUCCUGCCACUCGGUGGGCGCGGGCAGCGACAGCCUGGAGAACGGAGACCACUCCAGCCCCCCCCAGGCGUCGGCCCACUCCUCGGGCCGCCCCCCUCCGGCCAAGCCGAAACGCCACCCCAGCACCCGGCUCAGCUCCACGGCCGAUCACCGCGGGGCCAACCUGCCGCCCCCGGAGACCCCGCCCCCUCCCCCUCCCACACAGCUGCCCAGCUCCAAGCACUCUGAGAAGAGGAAUGCCAUGAAAAAGUCUGACUCGGGGGACAUGUCUGGGAGGAAGGUCCCGCCCACCAAGCCCAAACGGAGCCCCAACACUCAGCUCUCCUUUGAGCCCCUGCCACCCCGGGUGGCCCCUCCAGCCACGCCUCUGCCCCGCCCGUCCCAGGAAGCAGGAGGACACGAGGAGGAUGGUGACGAAGAGCCGGUCUACAUCGAGAUGGUGGGGGGGCGUGUCUUUUCCCAGCGGGACAGCCAGAAUGCGACCCCGCACCCCGCGAUGGCCGCGAGCACCCCCGACUCGGACUCGGAGGGGAGCGAGGCCAUCUACGAGGAGAUGAAGUAUCCGCUUCCCGAGGAGUCCGACCCGCGGCACCGUCUUCCCCUGAAGCACGACAGACCCGGGGCUUCCAAACCCUCCAAGACUGCGCACUCGUCCGCCUCUCACCUGCCCUCCUCCUCCCAUUCUCACCAGUCAUCCUCCUCCUCCUCGAAGGCCAAGGCCACUGUUUCCAUCUCAAAUUCAUCUCCCCUUCCGUCCUCAUCCUCUUCCACCCCCGUCCCUCAAGCCCUGGGUUCUGGCUCCCAGCCCCCACGGGCCCCCACCCCCUUCCUCCUCCCAGGGAGCAAAUCCCAAACAGACUCCAGCAACAAGAUCCCGGCGCCUUUCCCCAACCUCCUGCAGCACCGGCCCCCCCUGCUGGCCUUCCCCCAGCCGGCGGCCGCCUCCAGCGGGAUAGCCGCGCAGAUGAAGGCGGCUGGCGGCAAACUGGGCACCGUCAGCACGCAGGCCUCCUCCGGCCUGGCUCCCGCCACCAACGCCUCCUCCUCCUCCACCGCCUCCGCGUCGUCGUCCUCCAAGCUCCCCGUCUUACAGCUGGGCCCCAAGGAGGCCCCGGGGCCCGGCAGCUCGCAGCAGGACAAGCAGCAGAGCGAGGGGAAGGACUCCCUCCUGGGCCCCGCCCCUGGCCUGCGAGCUCGGAGCCACUCCACCCCGCUUCCCCCUUCCUCUCAGUCCUCCUCCCACUACGCCCACUACCACCACCACCACCCGCACCACCACCCGUCCCACUACCACCACUACCGCAGGGCCGAGAAGGACCUGCCCACCUCCCACAGCAUGAAGCUGGGCCCGCAGGCCACGGCCCAGGCCCAGACUCAAACGCAGGGCAGCGGCGGGGGCAAGGAGGCCAAGAGCCUGGGAUUUCUCCUCAAGUCUGAGAAGAGGGAGCGGGACAGGGAGAGGGAGACGGGCACACACUCCACCACCCCCUCCCAAAGCGCCUCGACGCCCACCCCCAGCGCCAGCACCCCCCAGACCAGUGCCAGCUCUGCCCCCUCCCCAGCCCCAACCCCUCACUCCUCUUCAUCACAGCGGCCUUCCUCCCGUCCCCUCCUUUACCGGUCCCACACCCCGCACCCCUUGUCCCACGGCCUGCCUGCCUACCACCCCCCUCCCCCAGACAGCCCCAUGCUGUGGACAUACCCUUCUGUGGGGCUGAAAAGACCUCCAGCCUACGACAGCCUGAGAGGGGGGCAGCUGCACUCUCCACACCCCCAAAUCUCCUCCCUGUCCAGUGGAGGCAACGUCCCCAAAAGUAGCUCUACCACAACCCCGUCACAGCAGGGGAAAGUGGGGGGCAGGGGUGGCCAAACAGAUACAGGUAGUCUCUCACGUGAUGGGAGCGGGGGUGGGGCCUCCAUGGACGAGGGCCCCUAUUGGCCCAUGCAGAGGAAGAUGUCAUUCAGCCACGGCAUCAGGGAGACAGAGAAAGAAGAGAGCAACCGGGCGUGGAACGGCAGCACCGACGCCCUCCCCCGCCCGGACAAGGAGGACCGCGGGGGGCUGGGGGGGCCUGGUGGGGUGUCCGGCAUCCCGGUGCGGUCGGGAGGCGGAGUCGGCGGCGGCGGCGGGGGGUUUGGCGAGGGGACGGGAGUAGCCGCCCCAAGCGCGGGGCUGAGAGCUCUGGGCCGCUCGGGCCUCCCCUUGCCCUGUCAGACCUUCCCCGCCUGUCACCGGAACGGAGAGCUGGGGCGACUGGGCAGGUCAGCUUCCACCUCGGGGGUUAGGCAAAGCAGCAGUAAUGUGCAGAGGCAGUGUAGUCUGCCUCGGGAAGCACUAAGUCAGGUCCCGGGCCAAUCCCAGUCUCAGGCCCCCUGUACCCCAUCUCUGUCCCACCAACAGCAGCAACUCCAGUUACAUCAACAGCAUCUGCAACAACAGCUUCAUCUCCAGCUGCACUACCAGCACCUGGCCCAUCUCUCGCAAUGCCAUCCUCCGACCAGCGGGGGCACCCCAUCUCAGGCCCAGGCCCAGACCCAGAGGGACGGGAAGCUGCUGGAGGUGAUUGAGAGGAAGCGGUGCCUGUGCAAGGAGAUCAAGGCCCACAGGCGUCCGGAGAGGAGCCUGUGCAAGCAGGACAGCAUGCCCAUCCUGCCUAGCUGGAGAAGGACCCCAGAGCCUCGGAAGACGGGCACCCCGCCCUGCCAGAGACAGCAGGCCGUAGUCUGGGACACUGCCAUCUGAGAUGGGGGUGGCGGGGGGGGCGGAGAUGGAGAAAUGGGCGAUGGUGAGGGGGGGACAUAACUGAGGAACACGCACGUACAGUGACAGUGGGAGGCUGCCAGGAGAGGGUGGUCAGAGGUGAGAAGAUGGGAUGCCAGCACUUUGGAACAUGCUCAUGGUCUGUCAUCCAGGAGAGAGUGAACAGUGAGAGGAGAGGGCCUCCCACCCUGCCAAAUGCUAAAGAGAAACAGAAAAUAAAAGAGAAGCAGAAUGGAGGGAGAGAGACACAGAGGAGGACUGAGAGACAAGGGAGGGUACAUGUAAUUUAAGUGUCCACAUGGCCUAAAAAAGAGACAGACUUAAAGAGUGGGAGAGAGGAGUAGGGGGGAACUGUAAUCGUCGGGGGGGAUUGAUAGGGGCCUGUUGCGUUGCUCUUCACAUUCGAUUCAGGCUUACCUGUGAAUGGCUCUCUCGCAUUCUCUGUGGCCUCUGGGUCUGUCAGAAGGGAGCUGCACACUGAGAAAGAAGAGAAAAGCAACUUGCCCUGUUAUUCAUUUACAUAAAUACCAAAAUGGAGGAAACAGGAAGGACAGGCUAGAGAAAACGUUGGCAAGUUGGAUGAAAACCAACAUGGCGAUCAGUAAUGUCCUUCUAAAGUUUCGCUCUCCUCCUCUUUUCUUUCUCUCUGUCAUUCUGUCUUUCUUGCUGCUACAAACCAAUAGGAACAAACUCAAAUGUUUGGGAAAGGGGCUUUUGGAAUUAUAUAAGUUGGAUACACAAGGAGGGGAAAAUAAUACCACAAAAACUUGAGAAAACCUUAAUUUCCAGAAUUUUCUGCAUGAAUCUAAAGCACUGGACAAUGUUCAGUCACAUAAUAAGGGCUUGUGUCUAUAAAUCUACAUUAAGUCAGGAAACCCACACUACUUUAGGCACAGCUAUGAAUGGGGGGCUGAAUGGGGACGUGGGACAGGCAGAACUGAAAUAGGGAGCAUACUUUACAUAUCCACAGACGCACAUAUAUGCACACGUGCUAAGGGAGGGAAGAUUAGGACCGGGGGAUGAAAAGCCUUUUUACAUUCUGCACCUGACAAAUUGUACGUUUUACCAAACUGUCAUGGUACCUCCAUUCUCUAUCGCAUCUUGCACACUGUCUGUAAUUGGCACUCCCUACAAUGUCUGUGCUACGUCGAGAGGAGAUGAAUCGAUCCGGUUUGAAGCAAGCAAGCAUGAUGGAUGAACAUACAGUAACUAACAGGAUGCAGUGUGUCAAUCACUUUAUUUAGAUGGAGCUUACAGUGUGGAAGGUGUUAUUCUCCGCUGAUCUGACCAAAUUCCAGCUGUACUGGCACUGGGCAGUUGGCAUCAGUAGAAAUGACCAAUGGUGGAAUGAAAACUGUCUACUGUGGAGGAAGGUUUAAAUCAGUGGUGAGCAACCAAACUAUAUAUAUAUAUGUAUAUAUAUAUAUAUAUAUAUAUAUCCACACAAAAGGGUAUUUGCAUAUUGUGAAGAAAUCAAAAAAUCAUGGGUAAGAUAGCAGAUGUAAAAUAAGUCAACUUGAACAUUUUGCAAUGACACAUUCUGUUUUGAACCUGAACCUGCAUAUAUUGUCUCUGCUAGAGCAUGUGCAUAUGUGCUCAAAUACCUGCAAAUGUGUCCCACGUGAUUAGGGUGCCCACCACUGAUGUAGACAAGAAGAUGGCUCCAUCAGUCUCAUAGGCGACAGGAGAUUGACACGGCUGCUGUUUUGGUGUGAUCAACAGCACUGGUGGCAUUGGGAACGAGCGAGCGAAAGGACAGGGUAAAGAUGGAGGCAAAAGGAGGAAGGUGAAGAAAGGGAACACGGAUGGAAUAUAAGAAUGGAAUAUAAUGAGAAUAUGGACUUUUUAGGCCAUAGUUGUCACAGUGUGUCACCGUUUCUCGGUGGAGUAACGUGAAUAGACAGUUGCCAUCGGUUGUCCCAAAGGUCAGAUCACCAAGGGUCUUAAUAUUCACUUGUCAGCUGACAUUUGUCUUUUUAAAAAACAUUUGUGUUCUGCGAUGAAAUUUAUGGGGGUGUCAACAUUAUAAAUUUGGCAAGGCAGGUCUGUCUAGCUGCACAGUUAUGACAGUGAAGUACGGUCUUUCCAGUCUUUCACAGCGCAGACGUGAAACAAUACACAAAAAAUGCCCUCUUCCCCCCCACCCCCAAAGGUCUUCACAUGGCUUUAUAGCCCAAACAUGGAAAGGGUUGAAGUGGAGUUUUGAGUGGUAGUUGUAAAACAUCAGAAAUAUUUCGAGUGCAGAAAUCCCAGAGAUCAGGCAAAGUUCACUCAUCAAUUUAGAUUUAUUAAAUAUCGAGCUGUUCACGGUGCCACUUGUAUUUCAUACGGUUUUUAUAUUUUUCCUCCAAACAUUCCAUGUUAUGAGUUUUCAAGCUUUCAUGGGACUAAGCACAUCCUGAUGGAGAAACCAUAAUGAGUUCUAGGGCAACAGAGAGGUAGGAGAACACAUAAAUGCAUGCAUGCAUACAUACAUACAUAUACCAAUUAUGCAUGGCAAAGUCACAUUCACAUUCAAAAAUCUCAUGGUAUUUUGUACAUGUGUUUCAUGAACAAUAUACAGAGCAUCUCUCCAUUUACAGGAUACAAGCAUGCAGAAACCAUCUUCACAUCGUCUAAUGCUAGCUCCCUAUAUCUGUGGUUAUAGCUUAUUUAUUUAUCUAUUUAUUUAUUCGUUUACAGUUGGAAAUUUUUGUUAACCAUUUGUUUUACUUUUUUGGAAAACGUUGCUGCUAUUUUUGAACCGUGGUUACUAUCAUCAAGAAUAUUAUAUAGUAUACGAUAUUGUUAUAUUCUUUUUUAAGAACCAUGUGGGCUGAAAUUUGUAUUAAAUGUCUCUAAGCGCACACUUCUGUAAUAUGGAUCUUAAAGGAGAAUUUAGAUUUUUAUUAUAGCUUAAUGAAUAAGAAUAUUUGAGAGAAUCUGUCUCUGCUUCACCCAGUGGAGAUCUCGUCUCUCUCUCCGCGGUGUACAGACCAGACACUGCCUACAUGGGGGUUGUAAAUCAGCUCUUGGAGGGUCACGGGGAGGGUUCAAAAGCUCCUAGGUUCAUUAUAAAUAUGUAACUCUUUGAAAGGACAUAGGUGGACACAUCAAGUAUUUGUCAGGGGCAUCUGCUUCAUUUACAUAUUUUCCACUAAACACCUAUUUCUCUAUGUUUAAUUUUUGAGAUAUGAAGACGAUCAUUUUGAGCAUAAGUUAUGUUUAUUAAGAAUAUUAUCCUAGGCGCCCCUGAUAGUUCCCCCCCCCCUCCCCCCCCCAACCACCUUACAUAUGGUCAUUGCUUACUAUCAGGCUCUAGGUCUAAUGUGUAUCUAUAUUUCAAAUGGAACUAUAAUUGCUGGGAAUAUGUAGUAUGCUAGUCUAUUUCAAAUUGAACUGAUGACUCAAUUUUGACACUGACCCAGAGCACAAAAAGAAGACAGCAAGACAAAUAAAUGGUAGAACGACCUGAUCACUGGAAACCACCUUGAAUAUUUCCCUGGAAUUCAGAUUCAGUCAGUAACUUGCUAAAUUAUUAUAUCAUGGCCUGCAUUUUUUUUUACAAUCUAAUUCUAAUGGACUUUAUUGGACUUUAUUAUUAUGCUUUGACAAAAUAGUGACUUGUGUGUCACCCUGUGACUUCAUACCAUAACUGAGCUACAGGGUUGCAAUCUUUCUUUUGCAUCCCUGAACAAGGUGGGAUAAGCAUAUGUGGUAAUGUAUACAAGCUGGAAGGUCUUAAUCAUAUUGCUUCUUCUCACAUUCAAGGUUGGACAUUUUUUGUUGUCAUAGGCAUAUAUUUCAUCAACAACUAGUGAACAUUUACGGCACAGAUUGGAGUAUGGACACAAUUAAUUGCAAACAAUUUUAAUGAACAACAUCAUCUAAUAGAGUCGGAAGGUCACAGAAAUACACCUCUUCACCUUAGAUGCCUUUUGUAAAUGGAAACUGAUGAUCACACUCUUAUCAACUCUUAUCAAGCCCAGGAAAGGUAUAUUUCCAUUGCUGCAUAUUCAAUAAUAGAAAUUACCUUUGUUUGAUCAGUCCAAGAAAAUGCCUACAUACAAUAGAACAUAUCCAGAAAUUACGCAGUUAAAUAGACUAGCCAUUCUAGGAACAGCAGUGUCUUCACAACUAAGGAUGUCACACUAAUCCUAUCAAUAGUGUAGGGCGUGUAGUGUUGACGCUGCCAUUGUGAUUGAUGGGUCAAAUUCAUAGCUGCAUAAAGGGAAUGUAUGAAAUAUAUGCUUUAUAAUUACAUAAAUAUGUCUACCAAGAUGUUUUUUUUUUAAAAAUAGCAUACAAUGAAUGGCAAAUGAAAAGUGGCAUUACGAACAUCUGUGAUUGUCUCUGUCUGUGGUUGACGAAGAGCCCUGGGUCCCGGAGAGACAAACAGUCCCCUAAUUUCGCCCAGCCUUAAUUUCACAUAACCUCAGUCAUAACUAUUGGGCUGACUGAAUCCAGGCAUCUGUGGUACUGAGAUUUUCUGAGAUCCAAAUUUUUUGUUGAGAGGAAAGAUGUCGGCCUGUGGCUUUCCAGGAAUUGGGUCACCUACCAUUGCUGUGAGUUCUUUGUAUGUGAGUCGCUCUUAUUUACAAUGGAAUCUUUUCUACGGAACCCGUUGCUUUGCUCGCAUUCUUUCCAGGCAAAAAUGUGAUGUGCAUUUGAGUAUAAAGGGCUAUAUCUAUUAAGUAUUAACAUCAUUUUCUGUACCAUCAAGUCACUGUAUGGCCUUUCCCAUCAAAACCCACAUGGAAGUACACAAAACUGCACAAUGGAGCCUUGUUCUUUUUUGUUGUUGUUGUUUUGUAUAUAACGCUUACGAAGCAUAAAUGAACAUCUUGCGCAUAAAAUUUUACAUUUUACAUUUUUCAGCUUCUUUGAGGAUUCACUGUGUAUUUAGAAGAAAAUAGCAGUAACAACUUAAGCUGAUGUUAAUGCCUUAGGAGUACCCCCAUACUGUGCAUGUUCACAGAAUAUUUUUUCAGACACCAUUGUUUCCCUCCUCACUGACAUUUAAAGAAAUUGCUGAGGGUUUGUUGAUAUAAUUACCUGUGAGACCACCAAACCUGCUGAUGUUUCAAUUCAGAAUCCUUGUUUUUUCUUAAGUUCUCUAAAAAUGUCAUGUUGACUGUUCCAUGCUUAAAAGACAGAUAGUUCAUCUGUAGUGUAAUGUGUGGAGGCUGUUUGCUAAAAAAAAAAUCAGUUCAGUCAAAUGCAAUCAAUCUAAUUUUAGCGUCCUGUUAAUUCAUUCCGAACUCCUCACUCGCUGCUCAUCUUGCACAACAAUGCUGAUCCCUGAUCUAAAAUCAUAGAGUCAUUGGUUACACUUGCAGUACAUAGUAAGCACUGAUCACAGGCUAUUGUUGCCGUGAUUUGGAACGUACAAGAAUAUUUGCUUUGUUUGGUCAAUUUUUGUUUUGUCUACUGUUAUGUUCUGUAGCAGAGUCAGUGUCCUAGACAAUUUACAGGAUACAUUAUUGAUGUGAUGUGCUCUUGUACAAAGAUUUGUGGAAUGUUAUGAAUAGGACAUAAUGACUAUAAUCAUAUUUCCUAAAUUUGAGGCUUGUCUGGGACCUUGGCAUCUCUUUUGUUUUUCAUUUAAACAUAAAUCAGGUAAAUAUUCUUUGAAUUUUAUUGGUUGCACUUUCAUAUUUGAAAUAUUUUCAUUAAUGAAAGCCCCAAAUACACUGUAACCCUGAAGUAACCAUCCCACACCUUUUUCUUCACUCCUUGGAUUUUUCCCAGAAAUUAUACAACCUUGUUUAGCCUUCUUUUAUAUAGUACGGUAGUUUUCUCUAAUUUAACAGUACAUUUGCUACUUGAGAUGAAGUCGUUUGAAGGAAAUAUUUAUAAUAACAGUACUUAAUGUGCCAUAAUUCUAAUGAUGAUUUCUGUUGAUAGAAAAGUGAAUUCUCUCUGUACAGUAGAAUAGCGUUGGUGGUUUUUAAAUUUGAAGUUUGAAUUUGAAGGGUACAGAAAAUUCCUGUAACGAUUGAAUUGACCCUGUUUUUUUUUAGGUGAAAUAAGCCUUUUGUGAUUAAAAAUUUGGCCUAAUUUUGAUUGUGAAUAUAACUCUCCCUGUGCAAUAUAAAAAUUUGUGUAUCUUCUACCCAUAUGUGCCAAAUAUGAAAUGCGGUCAAAUUUGUUAUAUUUGUGAAAUAUUUUUUGAUCAAUAGACUCUUCCCUAUAGAUGUUAUAUUGCAGAUUUUUCCAUUUUUAUCUGUGUUUUUUUCAGAACCAAAAAUGUAACUCGUUCACAAUGAAGGUAUAAAUUACAAAGAAUAUCUUAGUGUGACUGUGGACCAGUCUCCCUGCUCUGUAAAGAUAAUUCCCCAUUUUGAAAUAAUUUAUCUUAAACUAAGAAUGUAUAAGGUGAAAAAAAAUGUCUUACAUGACUCACUUUUCUAUACCCUGUAUUUUUACUCAUGCCAAAAUAAGUUCUAUUGUGAAGAUAUUUAAUUUGUGACCUUGGAAAAACAGUUAAAAGGUAAAAAGAAUCACAUUUUGAAAAAACAGGAGCCCUUGUGUCAUUAUCUUAGAAUAUGGAAUGCUUAUGAAAUAAAAUCUCUUACAGUAUCAUUUUAAUGUAAAUAAUACUUCAGUGAGAAAAUAAGUCACUUAAUUUUUACAGUGCAACAGGGUUUUCUUGAAGCCUGGUAUCUUUAAACAACUUUUCAAUUUGAAAGCUCUUGAUGGAGGCUUGGCUGAGAUAUCUGAAUACACAACUGAAUACUUUGAUCAUUCCUUUUAAAACAAUGGCCUUUUAAAUGAACAAUAUUGUUUUAUUGCAAUGAAUUGGACUGUACAGUCUGUGUGCUGUUUUGCUCACAAAUAUCUUCCAGAAUAAUGUAAUUAUGGGUACAGCGUUUGAUCCUCAUGAAUUAUGUGAAAGAAAGCCAAGUUUUCAGGCUGUACAGUUUGAUUUAUUGACAGUUCUCUUUGCUGCACCUUACAGGGAUAUGUGUGUAUAAAUAUCAGUUUUGAUUUUAUUGUAAUUAAUCAUUAAUACUGUAGUGUCUGUACAUAUAAUUGUCUGUAUUAAGAGUAUGGUCUUGUUUGGCUUCGCAUGACAGUUCGGAUAAAAAUAAUCUAAGGAGUACUACAGUUUGCUAGAGUGGUUUAGAACAGUAAUGGUUAUGACUCCAUAUUUGUCUACAUAAAGUCUGCAAGUAUACAUACCAUCAUAUGCAGAAUAUCACACUGUUCUGGCACAUUUGCUUCAAGGCACAACCAUGUCCUCAAUAACCCACAGUGCAUCCAAGUUCACCCUGCUGUUACAGUGUCAGAGUAGUAUUUUUAAAUAUCAUGUGUCAACUGAGUUGGUGGCCGUAAAAGCAUGUUGGUACUGGGCAGUUAGUCGAGAGUUAAAAUCAUUUCCUGCAAGGACCCAAAUGUCAGAUUUCUGCAGGCACAUUAUUAAUUGCUUUGGAAACUUUACAGUAUCUGGACCUGGAUAUAUUUUUAUGCUACGUAUCUACUGAGCUAAAAGUCACAAUUUAUCUUCACCUGUAAUUAAAGAGAAGAAAAAUCC